AUGGUAGCCGGAAUUUCACGAUCACCCACUACUCUCAUCGCUGCAAUCGCUCUAUCGAUCCUCCUCAUAUGGUGCACCACCACAGCCACCAUUGUAUGGAAGCCACCACCAAUUGCAACCACCUUUGGAAUUGUAAAAGAACAAGAGGGCACACAUUACCGGUCACUAUCAACAAGGCGUGCUUUGACAAACAGCAACACAUUGGCACCAUUCGACUUCACGCCAUUCAUUCAUGGACAUCAACACCACCACCACCAUCACCAACAUCCCGCAGAGGGAUCAGAAAUCGACCCACGAUAUGGAGUCGAGAAGCGGCGCGUCCCAACAGGUCCAAACCCAUUGCACCACUGA